ACUUUUUCUUGCAAAUGUAGGCUAACAUAUGUGUUAUGACAUUAAACUGAAUUUAAAGCCGUUUAAAGAACAUUCUCCAGAUUUCCAAAUCUUCAAACAAUGGUUACAGUUUUGCGUGAAUGUUUUAGGAUCUAUGUUGUAAAAAUGUGCACAAUUUAGCAGUUGGAGGAUCUGGACAGCACAGUUUUUCUCAACUGCUGACACACAAUUCAUGAAACAAUUCACCAUUUUAUCACAACUAUAUAAACACAAUCUCAAAACUACACACCAACUUGCACAAAACCUCAAACUUCCAGGUCAGAAUUAAAUAUUUUAGUCAAAAACAUAUUCUCUUUUGUCAGCAUCAAACUUUGGCCUCAGAUGACACACAAAACCAAACAAACACAGAGACUACUUUCCUGCCUAGAGAACACCAGAGAGAUCGAUUCAUAACACUGGAACAAAAACCUCUGGGAAAUAAUAAUAAUUUUGCAGCUCAAUGUCAACUGCAGUAUACAACAUAAUUGAAAGUGCAGAUACAGUAAAAUUAAUUUUUAUUACACUACAGUAAAGUGACCUUACAGUGGAUUAAAAGUUUAAAUACCAAAGAAGUGAAUAUGAUCUCAGAACAUGAAUAUGAACACAGUACAGUAUACUGUCAAUUACAGUACAGUAAAAAAUAAAUAAUUUCGUCAUCCUCUGCACCUUCAGCCAAAUUUAAUUACAGAGUACAGUACUAUAGCAGCUUCUUUGUCUUCUGACAAAACACUUUCUCUACCUCCCAAUCAUUUCUCAGUUCUGCAAAAAUAGAGAACAUGUAAAAAAAAUUGGCUACAAAUAAAUUUGACAAUCACGAGUUUGAGAGUGUACAUCUGCUACAGUUUUCUGUACACAGAGUUGUAAAAUUUCCCUAAUCUAAAGUACUGUACUGCAAUUAUACUGUAUGUGUAAUACAAACGUCCAGAUGAUUUUUUCAGCUCUCUCUCCAGUGUUACGAUGCAUUUUCUAAAGCGCAUAAUCACCUGUGCUCCUGUUUAUAUUAUCCUGAGAUUCUGAUCAGUUUUGCUACAUUUACUCAUGGAUAAAUGUUUGCUAUUUGAGUUCACAUUGUGACACUUGAGUUUAUAUACAGUGUUUGGGGUAAUGCAUUACAAGUAACUUGACUUACGUAAUUAGAUUACUUUUUCAAGUAACUAGUAAAGUAACAUAACAUAACUAGUAAAGUUCCCAUUAAUUGACUGACAGCUCUCCUGUCUCCAUGUUGAGAGAAAUAAAGGUCAGACGUGUGUUCGCUGUGUGAACAUGAUGGUUAUUGUAGUUCUAGACUAAAUGUGAACAUGCAUUUACUCAUCUCUCUUGCAUGAAAACAUUCAGUAUUCCUCAAAAUAAAUAAAAACAGUGAAAUGCAAUCUCUAAUCUGUAAUAAUUAACUAUAUUAAAUUACACAAAUAUACUUUAUGUAUUUAAUCACUUUAUUAACCAAUGUCUUUGCUGCUGACCUUCAAUGAUCUAAUUCAACCACACUAAUAUGCAAAAAUGACUUUAGAUUAGAUUUAGAAUUAAGAGUGUUGAACUCUCUCUCCUGCAUCCUAUUCUUCUUUAAUCCAGAACUGCAGCACAGCUGAAAGGUUUGUUUUAGCUGCGUCCUCUGCUGUACAGGCGUAAAUAUGCGUUUCCUUCAGCCUGAGGCUUAUUCAUUUCACUUUUGGUGUGAAAGUGCCUUAACAUUUGCCAAAAAUAUAACCUUUUUGUUAUGAAAAAACACAAAAGCAAGCCCAGCCCUAGGUGAGAAAAAGUAAUGCAAAAGUAAAGUAAUGCAUUAUUUUUCAUAAAAUAACGCAAUUAGUUACUUUUUUAGGGAGUAACACAAUGCAUUACUUUUUUUUGGUCAUAGAAUUUUUAUUGCAAAAUUACAAUGCAUUGCUUUUAAAAGUAACUCUCCCCAACACACUGUAUAUAUAUAUAUAAUCGUGUCAAAUUAAUCAGUUAUAGUGUGUUAGCAAUCAAGAAAAACUGUAAGCUAUUAUUUAUGUCAUAUUUAUAAGCCCUUUAUAUAGGCUCCUUUCGAAUAUAGCAUAACACUUACCAAACAUAUGGGUUGAUGGAUGAGUAAAGUCUAAUAGCUAGGCUAUAUUAAUUUCAUAUUACAGAAUCCCAGACUAAUCACUGAUUGUGUAUUCCACGGGCGCUUAAAUUAUAGCGACCAAAUUUGCAGUAAAAAAUCAUUUUGCAACAGCCUUAAAAUAAUUAGGCCUAUUCGUAAUUUAAUGUUGCCUGUACUGCAUUCAUAUUAAAACAAAUGUUGAAUUAACAAGGUGGUUUACCUUUGGGUGGCCCAGAAUCAAAGGAUGUCGCGGGCACAUUAGAGCACGAGAGUCUCACGCCUCGCGCAUUUAAAGCCUGCACAGUUUCGAGAAGCAGUGAACUUGACAGCUCUGCUCUCCUCUGAUGUGCCUCAUGGAUCACAGGGAUUCCGCGGACACUACAGGAUGACAGGGGUCAUCAGGGGCCAGCUGCACGCUUUAAAAGCACUGUCCAAAGCUCGGCCACCCCGAUCACUCGGACCACAGGCGAGCCAGGAGAAGGAAUCGGACGCGCAAUUGAAAACUUCAUUGAUUCGCAAUGUUGAUCCGGCCAAUCAUAUUGUUCGCUACCUUGGUGGCUUCUCUGAUACAAGUCGAGUGCGUGAAGAUCGAUAAUCCCGGCGCGCUCAUGAGAGGCUCAUAUUCCGACUACAGUCUCCAGUCGUAUCCGAGGUACCCGCUGUACAUGAUGCAGUUAUACAGAGACUUCAGCGGGAAGAUGGCAACUACUCCAGCCAGAGUCGACAGCCCAACUCUUCAGCAGUCUGACUUCGUCCUAAGCUUGAUUGCUCAAGACUGUCACCAAACUGGUGAGCGAUGGACCGUCACUUUUGACAUGUCUUCCCUCUCAGCGAGUGACAAUAUUCAACUUUCGGAGCUCCGCAUCCGUCUUCCCGCCUUUUCUACAUCCAGGCGCGUUAUUGUUGACAUCUUCCACUUGCGUAAACAGGAUUGUGAAUCGGACUCGGUGUUUUGUCGCGAUAAGCGACUUUUUCUGGGCAGCAUCAAGUCGGUGCCCGGCACUCCAACUUCAACAUGGAGAGUUUUCAACGUCACGGAGCUUCUCGAACACUGGUUGAAUCAGGGAACGGAGGCACCCGAGCAGGUCCCGACACCAGCGGACGGAGAAGACACUGGAAGCGGCGAAGACUUAACGGUGGACACUGGAAGCGGGGGAGGCUUAAUUGAACCGGUUACAAAAAGUCGGCGACGAAAAAUUCAGCAUCCCACAGCAGAACGAGUUAUGAUUGUAGUUUUCUACAAAAACCAAUUUUCCCACAGUGGCCAACGUGCCUCCAGCUUAAUCAAUACAGUGGCGCACUCCAAAUAUGUCAUCCUGAACCGGGCUCCAGACGCCGCUCAAGGUCGGCGCCAAAAAAGGAACCGGGUCGAAAGGAUGCGGGUUCAGACGGACGAUAGAAACGCGACAGGAAUAGAGCAACAACAAGGGAUGCUCUGUCGGCGAGUUGAUAUGUGGGUGGAUUUUGAUCAAAUUGGAUGGGAUGAAUGGAUCGUGCACCCGAAGCGUUAUAACGCAUACCGCUGCGAAGGCGAAUGUCCAAGUCCGCUGGACGAGUCUUUCAACCCAACAAACCACGCCUAUAUGCAGAGCUUGUUGAAGCUUUACCAUCCGGAGCGCGUUACCUGUCCGUCAUGUGUGCCGACGCGCCUCAGCCCCCUCUCCAUGCUGUACUAUGAAGGCGACGGUGUGGUCAUGCGCCACCACGAGGACAUGGUCGUGGAGGAAUGCGGCUGUCAGUGAAGUUUGUUGCUGUGCUGUCACAGAAGCUGACGAUGCACUUUCAGUGGGCUGAUAUAAUAUAUAUAUAUGUAUAUAUGUAUAUAUAUAUGUAUAAUAUAUACACUCUUAGAACAAAAAACUUCCCAUCAUGGGGUCAUUAUAUGGAUUUAGUUUGAAUUAAUUCAUUUUUAAUUUUAUGAAGUAAACAGCUCGUAAACACUUUAUGACUAGAAGAAUUAUGCAAAAGGUAGACAUUUGUUCUUAUAUAGAACCUUUUUGGCAUAAAGCGUUCUUUAAAAUUGAGCCAAGAACCCUAGAGUUCCAUUUAGAACCCCUUUUUUCCUAAGAGUGAACAAAAACAUUCCACAGUUCUGUUCUUGAACUAAAGCACGUUUUUUUGGAGAAUUUCAAACGAGAACCGAUGAAAUGCUGUCCAAAGUAUGGAAAUAUUUAAUAUUUAAAAGAAACACUUGUAAAUAUUUUGUGUUUGGAUUUUUUUUAAAGGAGUGUAUAUUUUUACUUCAUGUACAUAUGGUUGUAUUACGUUUAAGAAAGUGUAAUGUGUAUUGUGAUAAAAUGUGAUGUGAAAUGUGUUCGUGUUUUUUUACUAUCUUAUCAGCAGGCUUGAUAAAGUUUUACAGAAAAUAUAAAAACAAACUAAUAAAGCAAAACAUUAUUUCAGUA